CUCAAGGAUCACUGAGCUGUCAUGGUUAGCUACCUGCUGUUACUGCUGUUGACAAGCGACGAGUCUGCAUGCUGCAUGCAAGAAACCACCACAGUGAUAAUAACAAUCAUGGAAUUGCCUCAUUCAAAUGAGCGCUUGAAUUCUCAAAACCAAGACCGAAUUCAGCCGCACACUUUUCUAGUCAACUCAACAAACAAAAACGAGAGGGCAACUUCAUCCAUCCACAUUUGCAUCAGUGACCGUUGAAAACCUCCUCACUUACUUGUGACCCUCCCUGUUGAAGGUGUUCUUUGUCUAACGUAUCCCAAGGGUCUUUUCCUCCCUGCCUGCAUACUCAAACAGACUUAUUUGCGAGAGCAGUUUCUCUUCACAUUCACAAACUACUUUCAAUCCUCCCUGCAUUCUCAUUCUUAUCCCUCCCUUACCUCCAUCUCCACUCCAAGACCUACAUCCAUCAUGCCCUUCUACGACGACUCCGCCGACGUUUCCCUCUCCUCUAGAUGCUUUCUUGACGAUUCUUCUUCUGACGAUGAUGAUGAUGAACCGGGAAACAAGGAGGCUGGAUCUUGUAACAACAGCAACGAUGGGACCAGUGGCCGGGAUACUUCUUCGGAUCUGGGAGACGGCACCACCGUCGAGUCGGAUUGUCCUACGUGCAGUGCUUCCGAGUGGGCCGAGAAGGAACGCAACGGCGUCAAGAGGACCAAGUGCAUUGUGGUGUUGCUUUUAGGCAUCGCUACCGUGGCCACGGGAUGGUUCACUUACUACAUCACCAGAAAGGCAGAGCAAGCUGACUUUGAAAAGAAUUUCCAAAACUAUGCCAGCAUGAUCAGCACCAUCUCGGAUGCACAGGCCCGUGAUGUCUUUCACAAAGUCCGCAACUUUGCCACCACGAUUACCUCCUACUCCAAGACAUCCUCCUAUUCUUCGUGGCCUUAUGUGACCUUGUCAGAUUUUGAGCCGCGCGGCUUGCAAAUGAAUCUCAUCUUGAAUGCCCCCUUGAUCGGAGUGGCACCCAUUGUGACGGGAUAUGGACCCCAGCGCAGCUGGGAGACAUAUGUGUUUGACAAUCAAGGCUGGGUCCAAGAAGGCAUCGAGUACCGUCAAGCUCAAGCCUCGCAAGAAACAACUCGUCAGCGCCGCGACCUCGAUUUGGUCAUUGUGGAUCAAGAAGACGCGAAGAAUGAUCAAGCCAUUCCCAUUCACUACUACCGCAACUACACCAACGAAGACCGAGUCGCAGUGCCGCUCUGGCAAAUGGCUCCCGCACCUCGCAACCCAGAGCCUUUGGUCAACUUGGAUCUCUUGUCCCAUCCCACCCUGAAACCGGCUCUGGUCGACAUGAUGUCGUACCAAGUACCCGUCUUGUCGGCGGUGCUCCGGGAUGAUUACUUUUUGCAAGAUGAGCAGAACAAUGAUGAAGAAGUUACCCUUCUUCUUCGUCAGCCCCAUAGUAUUCUGUUCGAGCCCAUUUAUGAACACUUUUCUCAUCGUCAUCACGAUCACGAGAAGAAUGCAAGCGCUACCGCCAUUGCAAGCAACGAGGUUGUGGCAACCGUCCUGGCAUUUCUACCGUGGGGACGGUACUUGGAGAAUGUCCUGCCGCUGGGGGUGGAAGCCAUUGUGGUGGUUCUGACAAACUCUUGCGGCGAUGCCUUUACCUUUGAAAUCACGGGGCCGACUGUGACAUAUGUCGGCGAAGGCAGCCUCUAUGAUCCUCUGUACAGCGACUUGGUCGUUUCCAAGUCGUUUCAUCCAUUUCUCCAAGCGGACGAGACCAACAACAUUACAUUGACAUGUGCCUUCAACAUGGACAUUUAUCCUACGUUUGACCUGGAAGACCAGUAUCACAGAGCCGAACCCGUGCUCUAUACUUCCAUGGUGGUGUUUGUCUUUUUCUGCACUACCAUGGUGUUCUUUGUCUACGACUACUAUGUGACCCAACAUCAAGAUCAGCAAACCAGCAUUGCGAUUCGAUCCAAUGCGCUCAUUUCCGACUUGUUCCCGGCCAGGGUCCGAAAACGUAUCAUGGAGGAUGCGCAAGCACAAGUCGAUGCCGAGAUGGAAGCGAAUAACCACGGCAAGGGCUUUGGAUUGAUGGGGACCACAAGUCAACUCAAGAGCUUUCUCUAUGAUGGGACCAGAAACUCGCAAGUGAUGUCACGCGUGGGCAUGGAUGAUACCCCUCCAAUCGCCGACAGCUACAAAGCCUGCACUGUCAUGUUUGCCGAUAUUUCGGGUUUCACAGCUUGGAGCAGUGUGCGGUCUCCAGAACAGGUGUUCGUCUUAUUGGAGACGUUGUUCCAUUCGUUUGACGAGAUUGCCCUUCGCCGCCGCGUAUACAAAGUUGAGACGAUCGGGGAUUGCUACGUUGCUGCAGCGGGCGUACCCGAUCCUCGUGAGGACCACGCGAUUGUUAUGGCUCGCUUCAGUAAGGAUAUCCAACGGAAAAUGAAUGACUUGACAAAGCGCCUCGAACAGGAGUUAGGACCCGAAACUGGAGACUUGGCAUUGAGGAUUGGUUUGCACAGUGGCAGUUUGACCGCAGGGGUGAUUCGCGGAGAGAAAGCACGUUUCCAACUUUUUGGCUCUGUAGUUGAUUACGCGUCCAAGAUGGAAGCAACGGGGCACAGGAACCGCAUUCAAGUCAGCAAAGAAACGGCCGACUUGCUCGUUUCAGGCAACAAGGGAGACUGGCUCAAACAAAGAGAGUGCGGAGAUGACACUAAUGCUACUUUCUGGUUGGAUAUCAAGUCAAGGUCGUCACCAUCGGCGAGAUCUGGGACUAGCUGUGCCAGUUCCCCUAGCAGUGUCGGACUGGAGUCAGCAUUGCAGCCCCAUUUGUCAGUGCCAGAAGGAAUUGAAGGACAGAAACCCGUAGCCUUGGAUGAAAAAACAGAGCGCCUGGUCAAAUGGAUCUCAAAGUCGUUGGAACUGUUGCUCCAGCAGGUUGUAGCCAACCGCAACGCGAACGCAAAAGAUCCCGACAAGCAAACUUUGCAGGAGGCGUCUCACGAAGAAGACAAUGAAGUAGUGUACAAAGAAGGACAGACCGUAAUCGAUGAAGUGCAGGAGAUCAUUGCAUUACCGCAGGCCCAAGCCAAGGUGCUGUUAGGGGGGAAACAUGCAGCAAAGAUUGAACUAAGCAAGGAAGUGGUGCAACAGCUGCAUGACUACGUCUCCAUCAUUGCAUCGAUGUACAACAAGAAUCCUUUCCACAGCUUUGAGCACGCAACCCACGUGUGUCAGAGCUGCAACAAGCUCAUGUCCAGAAUAGUCCGUCCGGAUGACGUUUUUGAUAGUGAUGUCAGCUCGGAGAUGGAAUUGGUGCAAAAUUUGCAUGCACACACUCACGGAAUCACCUCAGAUCCUUUGACCCAGUUCGCGGUCGUUUUCAGCGGAUUGAUUCAUGAUGUUGAUCACGAUGGUGUUCCAAAUGCUCAACUUGUCAAAGAGGGUACAAGGGUGGCACAGCAUUACAAAAACAAAGCUGUGGCAGAACAGAACUCUAUCGAUAUCGCGUUGGAACUGUUGAACGAACCAGCCUUCGAAGCUCUGCGAGCUGCCAUCCAUGGUACCCCAGGAGAAAAACGCAGAUUUCGACAGCUAGUUAUCAACUCAGUGAUUGCUACGGAUAUUGCCGACAAACAGCUCAAGGAGCUUCGAAAUGCAAGGUGGCAAAAGGCGUUCAGCCCGUCGUCGUCGACCGAGGGCGGCAGCGCCUUGGAUGAUGUGAACAGGAAGGCUACGAUUGUGAUUGAGCAUCUCAUUCAAGCAUCCGAUGUGGCGCACACAAUGCAACACUGGCUCAUGUAUCGCAAGUGGAACGAACGGCUGUUUGCCGAGAUGGCACUAGCCUACAAAAAUGGGCGCAGUGCUAAGCACCCAGCCGAAUUUUGGUACAAGGGUGAACUUGGAUUCUUUGACUUUUACGUAAUACCUCUGGCUAAGAAGCUAAAGGAAUGUGGUGUCUUUGGGGUUUCUAGUGACGAGUAUCUCAACUACGCCAUGAUGAACAGGAGAGAAUGGGAGGCUAAAGGAGAGCAUGCAGUCGCCGAAUUGGCUGCGAAAUACUAGGGCUUUCUAUUAUUAAUAGCCAGUGGGACCAGGGCUUCCAAAGGACCUUCGCUUGGCAUUUGCCAUCAAAGACAUGGCAGCAGCAGGAAUAAUCAACGAGGUAUGCAUCAUUAAAUAGUGUUUUCAUCAACUUAUUCAUCCCGUCUACACUGAUUAUGAAGAGAGAGUCGUUUCUGACAUCUUCAACAGAAGGGCUGAACUUUGUUUCAGCUUCAGGCAAAAGAUCUUUGUCGGCCUGCUGCCUUGGUGCAGGAGUGACUUGACUCAGUCGUGAAACACUUCCACGAACUGCAACUGCAAGGUGUGCUUCAACUCAAUGUUCAAGUCAAGUAACAAUCGCUCCUUUGUUGGCUGGGCUGCUACGAUGUAUGGCAUGCUGCGAUAGGACUGAGAUCAUUGUGUGAUUCCUUCUGAGUGCUUUGUUCGUGCCUUGCUAACUCCUCGUAAUAGUGUCAAGUAAUGCUGUCCAGAUCGACUACUAGCUUGCUGGGCUGGCUUUAACUUCACUUCAUUCCCCGUUAUCUUGGACGCCGCUGAUUUGCCCGCCACCUUCGCUCUCAACGCUCUCUCCAGCGCCCUGGGUGCCGGUGCUUUGUUCAUCGUCUUGACUCUCCAAAUUUUGGGUGUCGGUGCUUUGUUCAUCGUCUUGACUCUCCAAGCUUUGGGUGCCGGUGUUUUGUUCAUCGUCUUGACUCUCC